AGUCAGUCUUCUAGUUCAAGUUUGACAGCCUGCUUUCAGUAAAACCUGCGUCUAGCAGUGCAAAGUCAGUUUUCUUUUGUUUUAACAUGACGUAGAUUAGAUACCGUUACAUGUCUCCUCCCUGAGGUGAUCUCAGAAUUCAAUAUCAGUAUUCUUAGCAACGUUUGCUUGCACAAUUUGGCAUGACCGAGUAAUCUGCAUUGCUUCAUUCAGACUAACAGGAUCUUAGCUAACUAGCCUAGCUAAUAGUUGUAACGGUACCGAGGGAGUCGUCAACGACAAAUCUAGUUAUCCUCGGAAUUUCUCGCUGAAAGAUCAAGUAAAAUGAAAAGGAAGAAUGUAAUUUUACUCAUUGUGUUACUUGGAAUAGCUCAGUUUGUCGCAGUUAUACAAGGUGAAGAAGAUGAUGUAGCAGAGGAAGAAGUAGACGACGAGGAGGGGGAAGAGAAUGACGAUGACAGUGAGGUCAAGGAUGAAAAUGGGGUCUUAAUCCUGACAGAUAAUAACUUUGACACUUUUAUUGAGGAUACGGAUAUAGUGCUUGUGGAGUUCUAUGCGCCAUGGUGUGGUCACUGCAAGCAGUUUGCUCCUGUGUAUGAGAAAAUUGCUCAGACACUUAAAGAGAAUGACCCUCCAAUUCCUGUGGCCAAAGUAGAUGCCACAAAAUCAAGUGAACUUGGGAGUAGAUUUGGGGUGUCUGGCUAUCCCACCAUCAAAAUCCUAAAGAAGGGGGAGCCUGUGGAUUAUGAUGGUAGCCGAACAGAGGAAGCAAUUGUGUCCAGAGUGAAAGAGGUAGCCCAGCCAGACUGGAAACCCCCACCAGAGGCCACCUUGGUCUUGACAAAGGAUAAUUUUGACGAUGUGGUGAAUAAUGCUGAAAUUAUCCUGGUGGAGUUCUAUGCACCUUGGUGUGGCCAUUGCAAGAGACUUGCUCCAGAGUAUGAGAAGGCAGCCAAGGAGCUUAACAAACGGAGUCCUCCCAUUCCAUUGGCAAAGGUUGAUGCAACAGUGGAAAAUGAGAUCGCAUCAAGAUUUGAAGUGUCUGGAUACCCAACUCUCAAAAUGUUCCGGAAGGGCAAGCCGUUUGAAUACAAUGGACCAAGAGAGAAAGAUGGAAUUGUUGAUUAUAUGGGCGAACAGGCAGGGCCACCCUCAAAGCAAGUCCAGAAUCAGAAACAAGUUCAGGGAUUCAUUAAAGAUGGAGACGACAUUGUCAUCAUUGGUGUUUUCUCCUCUGAACAAGACUCUGCAUUUGAGGUCUAUCAAGAAGCUUGUAACAUCUUGCGAGAUGACUACAAGUUCAUCCACACUUUCAGCAGUGCCGUUUCCAAAUCACUUAACGUUUCUCCUGGUCAAGUGAUUAUGAUCCAGCCUGAGAAAUUUCAGUCAAAAUAUGAACCAAAAUCACAUUUCUUAACAAUUCAAGAUUCCACCACUGUAUCUGAAGUGCAAGAGUUUUUUAAGAGCCACACUCUUCCAUUGGUUGGACACAGAAAACAGAGUAAUGAUGCCAAACGUUACACCAAGAGGCCCCUGUUUCUCGUGUAUUACGGAGUUGACUUUAGCUUUGACUACAGAGUUGCUACUCAAUUUUGGAGGAACAAGGUUUUGGAAGUGGCCAAGGAUUUCCCAGAAUAUACGUUUGCAAUUGCUGAUGAGGAAGACUAUGCCGAUGAGCUGAAAAGCCUGGGUCUAAGUGAGAGUGGGGAGGAGGUGAAUGUUGGGAUUCUUGGAGAAGGAGGCCAGAAGUUUGCCAUGGAACCUGAUGAGUUCGACUCUGAUGUGCUAAGGGAGUUUGUCAUGGCCUUCAAAAAAGGAAAAUUAAAGCCAAUAAUCAAAUCCCAGCCCAUCCCCAAGAGCAACAAAGGUCCAGUUAAGGUGGUAGUCGGUAAAAACUUUGAGGAGGUUGUCAUGGAUAUAAAGAAGGAUGUCCUUAUAGAGUUCUAUGCCCCAUGGUGUGGGCACUGUAAGAAGUUGGAGCCUGAAUACCUGGCUCUUGCAAAAAAGUACAAGCAUGAGAAAAAUCUUGUCAUUGCCAAGAUGGAUGCCACAGAAAAUGAUGUUCCUCAUGAAAGUUACAAAGUAAAUGGUUUCCCCACCAUAUACUUUGCACCCAGCAACAGCAAGCAGAAUCCUAUCAAAUUUGAAGGUGGAGAACGAAAUAUGGAGGUCUUCAGCACAUUUUUGGAAAAACAUGCAACAACAUUGUCACAAAAGAGAGAUGAACUUUAAUCUCUGCAAAUGACUGGAAACUUUCAAGGGGAAAAACAGUGCAGUAAAAAAGGAGUUUCUUAUGAGCUGGUGCAAUUUUUACAGAUGGAUGUCUCCAUUGGAUUCUGUUAGCCUACAUAGUAUUUCUGAAACCAAGAAACUCCACUUUUCCAAAGCAUGCACUGUAUACCAGCUGUUAAGUAUUUUCUUAAACCUUUUUAAAAUAAAAAUAUAAAACCCUU